AUGGCCAUCGAUGGUGCCUCCCUGGGCGUGGGUGUGUUGUCCCUGUUGUUGCUGGCGUUCCCAUGGGUGCGCAUGCGAUUUCGUGGGCCAGGGAAUAUUCAGUUGGCGAGCAUCCUUCUCAGCAGGCGUUGGGGGCGCUUAGACAAGGAACUCGAAAACGACAGAAAGACACAGGCAGUCAAUGGGCUGCUGAGGUGCAUACACCAGUGCGGUCUGAACCUGGUGGAUCCACAAUUGUUGGAAGACAUUGGGGGGCAUCUGGAGGCCGCAUCACGACAAGCAUCGCAAAUUGUACCUUCAGCACACACAGUAUGGCUGGUGGUGCUGGUUGUGGCAGAAGCACUGCAGUUCAUGGCUGUGCCAUUUGCAUUUGUGGUGGGAUGGGAUGAGAAUAUUGUUGGGCAGGUUUUCCACUAUGGCCUCCCACAGUAUGGCAGUGAAUACCUGGAAAUCGUUCUGUGGGUUGUGUUGUUACCAGUGCUGGUACUGCUGUCUUUAGCCGUCCUUGCCACAGUGCUUGGGACGAUGGCAUGGAUUGCAAACAGGGGAUGCUGCAGUAGGUCAUGCAUGCCAGCAGUUUUCUCAAUGGGCUGCUGCAUGAUCGUGAAGACCGGGAUCGGCCUCUAUGUGAGAGGCCAGGAAUUGCUUCAGGAGUUUGGAUCCAUGUUCAUGUUUGCAUCAAUGCUGAUGGUAUUCUUGUGCCCAAGGUGUUCACAACGCAAAGCUGUACUUUCAUUUCGCUCCAGUGUUCAGUGCUGGCAGGAUUCCAGGCACUUCCUAUAUGUUGCUCUGGUCGUAUUGCAGUUGGUGUUCCAGUUAUACAUUAUCUUGUGGAACAACCUGCCAGUGUACUCCAUGUACCGCUUGUUUAAGCCAAGGGCCACAAACAGCACGAUGCUGCACAAGAUCCUGGAAAAAAGCGUGGAAAAGGACGAUUACCUGACUUUCUUGGCUCAAGCCUAUGUGCAUUACCCAGGGAACUUGGCUGAGGUUGAACUCCAAGUAUUUGACUUCGACAGGCCCAUGUUCUCAUCAACAUGGUCAGCAUUCAGCGGGUCACUCAAGUUUGCCCUGGCUGCAUGUUUCAUUGUCUUUGGACACAGAGAUGGCUACCAGUGGGUGCUAUUGGGCGUGGCUGCAGUUUGUUACACAGUGAUGCUCACGAUGAAUGUGUUCAUGGCACCCUGCACAGUCCAUUGGAUCAACUGUGCAAGGAAUGUAUCUCUUGCUGCUGGCCUGUGGGCCACACUGUGUGGUUUCGCAGUGGCAGGUACAGGACCCAGGAGUUGGGUACUUGCUCUCUUCACUGUGGGUCUUCUGAUAAUUGCAGUUGCUGUGCUUCCUGCAAUGCUGGUCUUUGGAUUUCGAUCAGUGCAGGCAUACCAGGGUGCAAGUGUGGUGCUGAGAGAAAACCUGUUGAACUCGUACCAGCGGAUGGUUGCUCUUUUCCGCCUCCUUCUGUUGAGAGUGGCACCCGAUGGGGCGAUGGUGGAUGGCAACGAGAGCAUCGGAGUCUACAGGAUCAAAGGUCUAGAGAUAGUGAAGCCCACUGGCACAUUGUUCCAGGGGUCUGUGAAGAAGUUCAAGACAGAUGUGGAUGGGUGGGCGGACUGGGCGGAACAGGGUGCCCUGGUGUGCCCCGCUGCCUGCUGCCCAUGCCUGGCAUGGGUGCCCUUGUCACUUCCCGAGGAGAGAACAAUGUGUGAGCUGCCGAACGAUCGAAGUGAGGAGCUCAGGCAGGUUGAUCCCUCGCCUCACAGCCUCAUUGGCACCUCCAUGUGCAAAGUCGAGAGGUGGAUGGAGUCAGCCGAUCUGAUAGUGGAUCCGGAAAGAGAUGUGGAGCUUGGCUUGAGCGUUCCUCUUGAUGCCUAUUUCACAACCGGAGAUGGGGUGCCAAAAACUGCUGAUGAUGAGCCACACAGCCUGAGCCUGUUCUACAGCACAACAAUGUCUGACAUCAGAGCUGCAGACAGGGACAGAACUUGCUCAUCCUGCGUUCUCCCCAAAUCGACUUCAAGGCUGAAGCAACUGAGCCACAACACAACACCCAGUGAUGAUGAAGGACCGAGCCAAAGACCUUUGGAUGUGUGUGUAGUGCAGACUUUAGAAAGAGCGUACAAUAGAAAUGAACCAGUAGUUCCUCUGCCGCAGAUGUCUGGUGGGGCUGAGAGGCCCCAGUCCUCUGCGUUUGAUCCUGGGGGGAGUUGCCAGCAUGCAGCAAUGGGAAGACAUGGAAGACUGGAAACUGCUGACUUGGGCAUUGUGCUUACAAGUGUUUGGAACAGAACUGAUUCAAGAAGGCAACUGCGGAACACAAGAUGA